AUGUGGCGAACGCUGUCUUCUGUAUUAAAAAGAGAUUCACAUAAAAACGUUCCAGAUUAUCCAUAUUGGGGCUUUGAUGGCUCAUCAACCUAUCAAGCAGACAAAGGAGAGGAUUCAGAUAUGAUUUUGAAGCCAGUCGCUCUGUACGCUGAUCCAUUCUUUGGUGGACCACACAAGCUCGUACUCUGUGAAGUACUUGAUGCAAAUUCAAAACCGUCAAAAACAAAUCAUCGUCAUGCAUGCAAAGGGGCUAUGGAUAAAAUCCUUGACAAAAAGCCAUUAUUUGGUAUGGAGCAAGAGUAUCUGUUGCUCACUCGUGACGGUUAUCCAUUAGGAUGGCCGAAAUACGGAUAUCCAGCCCCUCAAGGUCCGUAUUACUGUAGCAUUGGUGCAGAUAGAGCUUUUGGUCGCGAGGUUGUGAACACUCAUUAUCGUGCAGCCCUUCAUGCCGGCUUAACUCUAUUUGGAAUCAACUGUGAGGUCACUCCUGGCCAAUGGGAGUUCCAACUUGGUCAGUGUGAAGGACUUGACAUGGGUGAUCAACUUUGGAUGGCUCGUUAUCUUCUUCACAGAGUCGCAGAGCAAUUUGGUGUCGCCGUAACCUUCCAUCCAAAACCACGGGUGACGAUGGGAGAUUGGAAUGGUGCUGGAUGCCAUUGUAAUUUCUCUACAGAGGAGAUGCGAGCCGAAGGAGGAAUCAAGGCAAUUGAGGCUGAUGACGAUAAAGAUGUUCUUAAGGCCAUGAAGAAGCUUGAAGCAACGCACAAAGAAGCAAUUCGUGUGUAUGAUCCUCAUGACGGCGAAGAUAACAAACUGAGGGUGGCUCCUUCUAUGUAUAUUCUAGAGCUUUGGUCUCUAAAUCGGGAGCUCUUCCUCAUCUAUACGAACACCUUUCAGUGUAGAAGCAAAGGCUUCCAUUUAUUUCCAUCAAAACUAAAAAGCAAUUUUCAGGGUUACCUGGAAGAUCGUCGUCCUUCAUCCAAUUGUGAUCCUUAUCAAGUAACACGGAUGAUUGUAGAAAGUAUUCUACUCCGAUAA